AACGAUUCUAGAAAAAAAUAAAAAAAUGACAGCACCAUUGUUUUCAACCAAUCCAGCUAAAUGUAAUUGUAAAUAUGUUCCAGGGCCAGAUUUAUUGAAUGUACGCCAGAGCUAUGUUCCUAUGGCUCUUACUGCCAAAACCGAUGGUAAGUUACCAGUAAAAAGUACACUCUAUUUAGCUCAAAGUAAUAACUUUUUACUCAAGGCACCUAACAAAUAUUUUGGAUUGAAGGCAUUAAAGCCAAUAAGAGAAGGAUCUUUUAUUGUAGAACCAAUUGAAACUCCCGUAGAAAUAAAUAAUUUAGAAUUUCACAUGGAUAAAUACAUGAGUGAAGGAUUGUGGCGGACCUAUUUUCCACCGUCCGAUACAAGCGAGAUAAACAACGCGGCAAAAAAAGGGAGACUUUCUCGUUUCAUUGCGCAUUCCCGUAAUCCCAAUUGUAAUAAGCAAGAAUGGCUAGUAGGACAUCAAACUAGGACUGGUAUAUUUGCUAGUCGUGAUAUAUCAGAUGAUGAUGAAUUAACAAUUGAUUACACCGAACCAUCAAUAGGUUAUGGAAUGCCAUGUAAGAUUAAAGAGCAAAAUGGUACAAAUAUAACUCCAGAGGAAGUCCAUCCACUUGAAGAUAAUCAAGGAAUUUUUAAUUACAUUGGACGUAUGCUACAAGCUGUCUACAGGCCAGAUUUGGCAACUCAAGUGCUUCGUAGUUUAGAAAUAACUACAGAUGAAAAUGUUUUAAGAAAAUUCUUAAAUCUCGAUGGAUUAAAGAUAUUGAGUUUGUGGUUUCAUGAGCAUACUGAGCCUAAACUUAUAGAACGGAUCAUUUCGGUUUUGGAAAAAUUGCCAUUACAAUGCGACGAUCUUGAUAUCAUGACUGAAAUCAGGAGAAGUCUCCAGAUGAUAAAAAUAAAUGAUGAUGCACUUCAUGAUAGUAUUACAAAGGAUAACAUUUUGGAUAGAGACAAAGGACACUCAUCGAAAAAGAGUGAUAAAAUGAAAACAGUGGAAAUAUACUCUGAAAAGAAACCAAAAACACCUGAUUCUAGUAGUGCACUUGGAUCCGCAUCCAUAUUGUCUGCGAGUUCAUCUUUACAACCAAGCAACGAAGAGCCUGGUUCUUCACAUAUUGCUAGUGCUAGCGUGAAAAUUAAUGAUGUUGAAUCAGUUACUGUCACAUCGAUACAGCCACCUUCCUCAGUUACUGCGUCUGACGAAGGUUCGUCCACUCACACAUUUGAUAAAGAUAAAUUCCGUGGGGAGUUUGCAGCGGCAGUAGUUGAGUACUCUGAACGAUUCAAAAGUCAAAUCGAGGAACGUACUCUAAACAAACAUGUAAACAAG